AAUUGUAACAAACGUGAAAAGCAAUAACGUGUCUCUAUUUAACAGGAUAUUAGGUUUUUUUUCUGUUUAUAGAGAGAUGGCAGAUCAUAAAAUUGGAAAUAAUUCAGAAAGGGAUGGCUACAAGUACAACUUUGGAGGUGGUGGUGGUGGUGGAUUCCCUUCGGAUGGCUCAGGCGAGGAUGGCAUCAUUAGGGAGCAGGACAGGCUGCUUCCGAUCGCCAACGUGGGGCGGAUCAUGAAGCAGAUUCUUCCUCCCAACGCAAAGAUCUCCAAAGAGGCGAAAGAAACCAUGCAAGAAUGUGUCUCUGAGUUCAUCAGCUUCGUGACUGGAGAAGCCUCCGACAAGUGUCAAAAGGAGAAGAGGAAGACAGUGAACGGAGACGAUAUUUGCUGGGCACUGACAACUCUAGGAUUUGACAAUUACGCUGAACUCUUAAAGAAUUACUUGCAUAGGUAUAGGGAGCAGGAGGGAGAGAGGGCUAACCAAAAUAAAGCCAGCAGCCAUGAAGAAGCAUCCAACUACAGAACAGAACCGCCAAGGAGAGCAGCGUUACCGCCGAUGAAUGCCCCGAUGAGGUUCAAUGUGGUUGACAGGAGCACCUCUCUUUUCUAAAAAGCUUGGAUCAAGUAUGACAGUUUAUAUAUUUUAUAGCCUUGAAUCGAGUAAUUCUCCACGUUUCUGGGGAUUUAUGGGGGGUAAAUGGGUGGAUGUUUUUAUGUUUCUAAAUUUGUGUGAGCUUACAAACUCUGUUAAUUUGUUUAAUUUUGACUUUAAGUACUGUUGCAAGUUUAAGAAUUAUGAAAAUUUGGUGGUAUCCUAAUGUUUUUCUUUCUUCCUCGGAUUUGCAUCUCUUGAAGUCAAAAGAUACAAGAUUCUUGUUUCUAUUGCCAUCUGCUCCAUAGAUGGACAGCAAGAGUUCUCAUAUUUGAAAUUUUUAGGGGUUUGGUGAUCAAUUUUGCUAAAUUAUCCUCUUAAUUUUUGCUUAAAUGUUUACAAAUCGAUUUUCAGUGGCUUUGAAGAAUUCAACCAAAUUAAAAUUGUUGGGGUUAA